UCGAGUUCAGACUGGAAAAAAUGGAAAAACGCCAUAAAAACAUGGCGGAACGCCGAGUUACGGGUCGAGUUCGAGUUCUAUCAUCAGACAGUUCGAGCGAGGGAGAAGGAGGCAGCGAAAAUGUUUGUGCAAGAAAGAGACGCUACAGCUCCUCGCCAUCGUCGCUUUCUUCGCAAAUGUCAGCUCACAGUGCUGCGUUGUCAGAGUUACCCGAAGCGGAGUCUUUUGAUGCUAUUUAUAGACACAGAGACGGUGUGAGCGACCGUACCACACCAAAUCGUAGCAACGUCCAAGAGAGUGGACCCAGCGGUGUUGCUACCGUUGUCAGUUCUAGUUUACCUGACAAUUCUACUGAAAUACUUAAGGAAGCACCAAAGUUGCAGGAUGAAAUUCUUUCCCUUCUGGGGAAUGAUGAAAAACCGGAAACGGUCUUUGGGGGUCCAAUACAUGCGGAUAUUGCCUCCCGUUGGUCACACAUUUUAGCGUCUGGUCUCAGUGAGGAGACCUGUAAAAAAUUAUCAGCAAAAUACUUGCCUCCAAGUAAUUGCGUGCUGUUGUGCCCACCACGCAUUAACCCGGAAGUAAAACUUGCUUCCUCUGAAUCAGUUUUAAGAAGGGAUGUGCGGUUGUCUGAUCUGCAACAGCAAUUGGGGGCCAGUUUAACCGCAAUAGGUGUAGCCUUAACCAGUCUCUUAGAAAACUCAACCCCUGAUAAUAAAAAGUACAUACACCUGCUUAGUGAUGCAGGUAGAAUAUUGACUAAUAUAUGUCAUUCGGAAUCAGUAUCCCGCAGGGAACUGAUAGCAAUCAACCUUAAUAAAGACCUUAAAGGCAUUUUAACAGACACUCCAAUUACGGAGUUCCUCUUCGGAUCUGACUUAGAUAGCAGGAUCAAGUCACUAAAGGAGCUAGAAAAAUCAGGACAACAAUUAAGGGUCCAGAAAAGACUUGUACGACCUUCUACUCAGAUAUUAGCAAAAGCUUCAACUUCCAGAAGUCAGGGAAACUUCAGGAGUCCACCUGCUCGAAAGUAUGGAGCCAAGAGCAGUGGACAGUCCAAUCAGGCUCCGGUGAACUUGACACACAGAAAAACUCGACAAUUUCAGGGAAGAAAGAUGGACAACAAGACCAAUCAGCGAAGUCGUCAGUAUCCGUACUAGACACACAGGUCAGUGAGUCCUGUGGGCGUUUAAGAAAUUUUUCAAAUAGAUGGAGAAAAAUUCCUGCGUCCAAUAAAAUAUUAUCACAUAUUAGAGGAAUUAGUAUUCCAUUUUAUAAGAAACCAAGACAAUUAAAAAAACCAAUAGAAAAUAAUUGGUCGUACAGGGAAAGUCUAAUUAUAGGGGAUUUAUUAAAGCAGUUAUUACAGCUAGGUGCAAUUUCUGUGGCAAAAUACUGCAAAACCCAGUUUGUUUCAAAAGUUUUUACUGUAAGUAAGCCGAAUGGUUCACAUCGUCUAAUCUUAAACCUCAAAAAAUUGAAUGAGUUUGUAGAGACUAAACAUUUUAAGAUCGAAGAUAACAAGGUUGUUUCGAGACUCAUAUCUAAAGAUAGCUUCAUGUGUACAGUUGACCUUAAAGAUGCGUAUUAUUUAUUACCCAUACGGUUAUCUCACAGAAAAUUUUUGCGAUUUACCUUUAAAGGCACACUGUAUGAGUACAAUUGUUUACCCUUUGGGUUAAAUUGUGCCCCUCAAAUCUUUACAAAGAUCCUAAAACCUGUUAUAAAAUUCCUGAGAGAGAAAAAUGUUAUUUUGGUAGUUUACUUGGACGACUUUCUAAUCCUAGGCCAAUCUUUUGAUGAAUGCAUGCAUAACGUAAAAUUAACUAUAAAUUUACUUAACUAUCUAGGGUUCCUAAUAAAUUAUGAGAAGUGUAACUUAUUACCUAGUAACAGUUUUGCUUUCUUAGGGUUUAUUUAUGAUUCAAAUACCAUGUCGAUCUCUCUCCCAGACGACAAACGGGAACGAAUACUUAAAAUACUAAAACGCCUAUUAAAAAUAUCUGAAUGCACAAUUAGACGGUUUUCAAGGUUUCUAGGAACCAUCGUCGCAAUAUUCUUUGUCGAUUAGACAAUACCACAGCCGUAGCCUGUAUAAAUAAAACGGGAAGUGUCCGUUUUAAACAUCUACAGGAAAUUACAUCUAGAAUUUGGAAUUAUUGUGAAGAACAAUAUAUACAUUUUAGCUAGUUAUAUCAACACCAAAGUCAAUAGAGACGCUGAUAUCGCGUCGCGUCAACAACAUAGAGAAACAGAAUGGAGUUUAUCGGUUGACGCUUUUCAAGAAAUUGAGACAGUGUUUGGAAAAUUAUCGGUCGAUUUUUUUGCUAGCAGGAUAAAUAAAAAAUGUCAAAAGUUUUUUUCUUGGGUAAGAGAUCCAGAGGCAUUUGCGGUGGAUGCAUUCACUGUUAAUUGGAAAAAUCUUAAUUUCUAUGCGUUUCCGCCUUUUGCAUUGAUCUUACGAAUGUUACGAAAGGUCAUGACAGAUGAAGCUGAAGGAGUGGUAGUCGUACCCCUCUGGACCUCCCAACCAUGGUUCCCAGUAUUUCAAUCGUUACUUAUUGAAGAACCUAUCAUUUUCAAACCUAAAAAAUUUUUGCUCUCUUUCAACAGAAUUCCACACCCCUUAUGGGAGACUCUUUCCCUGGUAGCAGGGAAAUUAUCAGGAAAGCCCUCUCAUUAGGGGAAGUACCACAGGAUUCUUUGGAGAUAUGCCUGCUAUCAAUAACACAAAAUACCUUAAAGCAAUAUUCUUGCGGCUUAAGGUUGUGGUGGGAGUUCUGCACUAAAAACAAUAUUAACGUAUUUUCUAUAAAAAUCCCACGUGUUUUACAAUUUUUAACGGAUCAGUUUAAAAAGGGUGCUUCUUAUGGUUCACUUAAUAGCUACAGAUCGGCGCUAGCACAGAUAGCGGGUCCGAACCUGGCACAAGACUUUAGGAUCAAGAGAUUCUUCCGAGGCGUCUUUAGUUUAAGACAGCCGUUACCCAGAUAUGAAAAUACAUGGGACCCUGGCAUAGUGGUUGAUUACUUUAGAUCUCUUGCCAGUAAUCCUAUUACUCUUGAAUUCCUUUCAGAAAAAUUAGUUACUCUUUUAGCACUUGCUACAGGGCAGCGUAUUCAAACAUUAAGUCUCAUUGAAAUUAGUAACAUAUUAAUCCACCCUGAUCGGAUCGAGAUAAAAAUUCCUCAUAGAAUAAAAACAACAUCUCUCAAAAGAACUCAACCAUUUUUAGUCUUGCCUAUGUAUCAUCUGGAUCCCACAGUUUGUGUAGCCACAACAUUGCUACAAUACUUAGAUGAAACGAAGGAUUUGAGGGGUCCUUGCGAUUUCUUAAUUAUCACACAUAAAAGACCCUUUCGAAAAGCAACAUCGCACACUCUUGCUAGAUGGAUAAAAAA